AUGUCCGCCGUGUCCGCCGUGUCCGCCGUGUCCGCCAAGCCCCCCGCCCUCGACAUCUCGCCCACGCGCCUCGUCGCAACCCUCUUUUACAAGGCAGACUCGCCCCAUUGCUUCCAGCACGCCGACCUUUCCCCCCACAGCCCCGCCGACCCCAUCCCCUCGGCCUCGCUCGAGCCCCUCAAAGAUGGCGCUGUGCCCACCGAGAACCUCGCAGACUAUCCCCUCGAGCCCCCGACUCCAGGGCCCAACCCCCUCGACAACCUCUACGGGAGCUACAUUACCCAGCGCUGCCUGACCGACUUCGCUACCACCCUCACCACCAUACUACCCGGCCUGCAAGAGGACUCCGUCACUAGCAAGAGGCUGGAAGCAAGCAAGCUGUGUCGUGUAGCAGAGGUGGCUUUCCCACUACCCAGCGCAUCACCCGUCGCGCUCGAGACAUUGCGGAGGCAUGAGGCAGUAUCGCGAUUCGAGCGCGAAUGGAACGUCGAGUGCGUCUUCCAGGAAGACUCGGUGUACCGGCGGUACAAGCGGCUGGCAGUGUUCGACAUGGACAGCACGCUGAUCCAGCAAGAAGUCAUUGAUGAAAUUGCUUCGCUGAUUGGCGUCGAGAAGGAGGUCUCCGCCAUUACUGCCGCCGCUAUGAACGGCGAGCUGGACUUUGAAGCGAGUCUGCGCGCGCGAUGCAAACUACUCAAGGGCGUGCCCAGCAGCGUCUUCGAAACGCUCAAGCCAAGACUCACGCUGAACGAGGGCGUCAAAGACCUAAUUACUGCGUUGAAACGGCUAGGCUUCAAGACGGCAGUUCUCAGUGGAGGCUUUACACCCCUGACUGGCUGGAUGGGCGAGCAGCUUGGCCUUGACUACGCCUUUGCUAAUCACCUUGUUGUUUCCGACGAUGGUGCCACCCUGACUGGCGAAUUGACGGGCGAGAUUGUCCAUGCCCAAAAGAAACGUCAACACGUCCUCGAGAUUGCGGAGAAAGAACACGUCCUGCUAGACCAGGUCGUAUGCAUUGGUGACGGCGCAAAUGACCUUCCUAUGAUGGGCGUAGCUGGCCUUGGAGUCGCCUUCCAUGCCAAGCCAAAGGUGCAAAUACAGGCUCCUGCUCGCUUGAACUCCAAGAGCAUGCUGGACGUUUUAUACCUUUUCGGUAUAUCAAAAGAAGAGCAGGAAGUCUUGUUGCAAUGA